CGAAAACUAUUUAAAGUCCCUUUCCGAAACGCGAUCACGCAUAGCUGUGUGGACCGAUACCUUCUUCUCGUCUGCAGCCGACCACCCCGUUGCCACUGAACUAGUAGUAUCGACAGGAUUUGUGAACCAAUACCAAGAGAUAGAAGAUGAAGCAACUGGCACUUAUCUUUCUGAUGGCCUUCGCCCACUACGCAAGCGCUGAAGGUUACGACAAGCAGAAGCAGGCCGCCAACCAACCGUCUUACCAAGCGGCCUACCAGCCCUACAAUUACCGCCCCUACGGAGUCUCCAGUUACGAUUCUUACAGGAGUAGGCAGGGUCAGUAUCCGAGCACAUCCUACGACCAAGGGGGUCAGCACCUCUUUCUGUCCGGGGGUAUCUACAGACCGUACGACUAUACAGACACCUACAAUCGCGACUACCUGUCCAAUUACUACAAGCCGUACAACUACGACAGCUCCUACUACUACGACGACUCUGCGUCCCGUCACGUGAAAGCUCCUUACCAGCAGUAUGGCGUCCCGGCCUAUUAGAAAGGAAGUUCCGGUGCCAUUUCCAUGUAGGAACGAAACAAACUUCGUGAUAUUCCAAAACUUGUUAUUUUAAAUAAAGUUUGUCUUCAUGUUUUCGAA